UUGGCUUUGGGAAGGCGAGAGAAUGCCACAGCCAAACACGACGAUUGACCGCGCAACACCACGAGCGGCGGGGUAGCACAAACGCACGUCGCGAGCGCGCUCAGUGGGAGCGUGAAGGAAACCCUGUACCGUCAUAUAUCCACGAGGUAUGCCAACCAGCGUGAGGUCAUCGGAUGCACGCUGGAUCGGGAUCAGGACCAGCUGACAGGAUGAGCUGAAACAUUACGCGCAAGAGAGGCGCCAAGGGCAACCGUCUCCGCUGACCUCUGUGGAAACAAUCCUCGCGCUAUUAACGAUCGUCCGCCGAAGGUCCAUGAAGAAUGUAAGCGUGCGCGGAUCGCUCCGAGCGGGCUGGAUGAAGCCCUCGGCGGUGUCAUGCGUCUUGCCCCGCAGCCGAGCGCGCUGGUGAUCGUCGUUGCGCUCCUGCUUUGCACGGAGGCGAUUACGUCCCCGCUGCUGUCGUCGGGCUGCCCGGACCGGUGCGUGUGCGACGAGCAGCUGGUGGUUCAAUGCGCCGGGCAGCACUUGAGCAGCUUCCCCGCGGACCUGCCGCUGGCCACCCGGCAGCUCAUCAUCUCCAACAACUUGAUCGCGGAGUUGCCGCCGCUCGCGCUCAACUACCUCUCAGAUCUGGUCUACUUGGACUGCAGCAACAAUUCCUUGACUGAGAUCUCCCAGUCCACAUUUGGGAAUCUCAGGAAGUUGGCCUACCUUGACCUCUCCUUCAACAGCCUCGCCCGGAUCGAGGACAGGACCUUCGUCCCCCUGGACAGUUUGGUCAUGCUGAGGAUGACAGACAACCCGUUUCUGUCGGAGAUCCACCAGGACGCCUUUGCAGAAAACCUGGCCCUUCAGGUGCUCGACGUGAGCAGGAACAACUUAACUGUGCUUAACAUCAGCACGUUGAUUUCACUACCUGCCCUGCGCUCGGUGGGCCUCAGUGGCAACCCGUGGAGCUGCGAGUGCGGCAGUGAGGAACUCUGUCUGUGGGUCCACUUGGAGGGCUUCAAGUUUCAAGAUGAGGGACAGACCGUGUGCGGUUCCCCAGACAACCUGGAGGGCCGUCGUCUCGGCGAGGUGGGCCUCGAACUACGGACGUUGUGCCACCACACUUUAGGUUCCUGGGACUAUCUUUUCUUCGUCAUCAUCGGCUUUGUCAUUUUCGCCGCCGGCACCGUGUUGGCCUGGGUGAUGGGGGUCAUCAUGGUGCUUUACGAGCGCUACAUAAAGAAGGAAGAUGAGCAGCUGGAACUGGACGAUGAAGAGGAAGUGGCCACGGAGUCAGGGCGGCCCACACGGGCCAGGAGUGACCAUGAGAACGAUCUCCGGGAUGUCCUUCUACAUGGAACUCUCAUCAGAGAGGUGGAACCGGCUCCAAGCACAUAAUGGAGGUUAUGGUGGACCGUGUAUGAAAAAGCAUGAUUUAUUCUUGUCUCGUUUGACUGGGUCAAGGGGUCAGUCAGGAUAACUGUGAAGACGGUGGGCCCGAUUUUCGUAGACAGAUACAACGCUGAUGUUGGGAGUAUGUUGCACUCUUAAAAUUACUGGGUCGAAAGUAACCCAAAUUGGGUGAAAAUGCUAACCCAGUGCUGGGUCCAAAAAGAACCAAGCCAAUGUUGGGUUAUUUCUACCCAGUGCAUUGGGUUGAAGAUUUGACCCAGCAUGUUUGGUCAAGAUUUUGAUCCAACACAAGGUAAAAAAAAACAUCCAUUCUGAUGCAUUACAGGAACCAGGAAAUGGGUUACCAGGUUAGCUAAUAUAGCUAGCUAAUUUUAUUAGCAACAUUUUCUAAGGAGAAGAAGCCACUUUCCUCUGCCAGCAACUCGAUCGCGUUGUUUUGUCACCGUUUUUACACCGGAUGCCCUUGCUUACGCACACCUACUCACUUUUUGAGGGUGGGCUGUCUGGCCUGACCGCAAUUGGAAUACUGUUUUCAAAGAAUGUCACAUUCAAAUUACUUCAACUCUAAUACACAAGAAAAUUGUCAAAAAUAGUGAUCAGACAGCCUAGAACAGGAUCUUCAAUACAAUCUGGUGGGUCAAAGGAAUUAACCCAAUCUUGGGUGUUAGUAAGCUCAUCCGCUCAAACUCGCCAGCUACCUAGCGAGUGGGCUAGCAAACAACCGAAGUAAUUAUUUUUUCACGUGUAAUUACUCACCAUUUGAGUGUUUGAUGGGUGGCCCACUACCUUGCAAAUGUUGACAGAAGUAAAGUUCAGCACAAGUCAAUUUCACUACAGGGCUAAAUAUUGGGACACUUGUGUAACUAACUAUUCACACAGUUUCGAGGUUACUAAAGUUACAAAUAAAUUCUCAAGUUGUAAAAGUCAAGUGUUAAGGGUACAAAAGUGUUAAGGGUAUCACUGCAGUGACGGUUAAAAAAAAUGAAAAGUCACUUGCAUGAUGGUUAAAAAACAAAACAAACACGUUCAUUGUUAUGUAAUAAGCCGUGGGCAAACUUCAUCUCUAUGUAUCUUUGACCUGUUAAUCGUCUCUUAAAAGAGGCGGCGCAUCGUCUUUAAGAUGAUGCAACUGAUGAAAUGAAUUGCUGAUACAAUACAGUUUGCUGUAACAAGCGCUGACUCAAAGCUGUUGUCUUUUAUUAUGCAAAACUGAUCCGUGACAUUCAUUGAUUUAUUAAAAAGCAUUUGCUGAGUGAACUCA